AUGGGGGCAGCAGCGUGCGAGUAUGGAAGGAAAGGAGGGCCGCAGGAGGCGGUGGUGGAGAUGGGGCCGUACAAGACGGGUACGGUGCAGUGGCAACGCACGCUCAAGUCGCAGAUGCAGGCGUGGCGCGACGACCCGCACUGGCACGACGAGACGCCCACCCUCGUGCGCCACUCACUCACUGUCUCCUCCCCCUUCUCCCCCGCGCGCGCACAGGUGUCAGCUCCCAAGGGCGCAUUCUGCCAGAUCGACUCGGAGGUGACGAUGGCGCUGCCGCCCGACGCGGUGUACAACAUCCUGUGCGACCCGUGCAACCGGCGCGUGUUCAAGAACAUCCGCGCCGUCACGUACCGCCGCGUGUUGGAGGACGACGGCGACCGCCAGCUCGUGGAGGUGGAGCAGUCCGCCGUCGGAAAAUUCCUCAUCUUCUCCGGCUCCUGCGACGUGCGAAUCUUCGUGCGACAGGAUCGACUGAAACACACGAUGUCGUUCGCGAUCGCGCGGCCGGGCUUUAUGCGACGCUUCGAGGGCUCGUGGCAGGUGGACCAGCUGCCCGUGCCGUGCUCGCGACACGUGCAGGCCAUGGCCGCCCGGGAGCGCGAAGCUGCGCGUGGUAAGGGCAAAGACACGAAGGGAGAUGGGCGGUUCGGAUGGAUAGGUGGGGAGAUGGACAGGGAGGGUGACGUGUUCUUCGACGCCAGUGACGUGUUGCCGGAAGAGGCAGACUCAGAGGAGUGCUGCGCGGAUUGCCAGAUGCGCAUGGCCUCGCGCGUGCGCCUGCAGCAGGUGAUUCUGCUCGCCAUGCCGCCGCCGCCGCCGUUCGACAUGCUGGCGCGCAACAAGACGGCGCACGAGGCGAGAGACAUGCUCACGAGCUUCAUGGCGGAGGCGCGGCGGCUGAGGGAGGCGCCCUUCCCCAUCGCGGACGGCCACACUGCCUUCCCCGACCCCGCACCCGUGCCUGACAUGGCCGCGCCCGCUGAGAAGCUGCAGACAGAGGAGUCCUUUCCACCCCCUCCGCCUCUUGUGAGACUGGAUUCGCACGAGGAGGGCGAGAGCUCUGGUGAGGAUGAGGAAGUAGAAGAGACGGUGCGAGUGGGGGAGCAGGAGAAGCAGCAGGAGGUAGUUGAGAGAGCAGUGGAGGUGGGAGGAGGGCGGGGCGUGGAGCCCCACGAGCUGCACUUGAAGAGGGACAAUGGCUUCCGUGCGAUCAGAAGUGCUGCCUUCCUGCACAAGGAGGUGCUCAAGAGCCCACUGCCUCGCAAAGAGUGCAACUGGGUGCCUGUGAGGAGGGGAAUCAAGUCAACUCCCGCCGAACCUAGCAAUAUUCUCGCCGAACCUAGCGAAACUCCCGCCGCCGAUGGCGGUGAAGGCACGGACGCUGUGGCAGGCGACGGUGACGUGGAAGAGAAGUUCGAAGACGCGACGAGCGAGGAGCCGGCGGCGCUGGUGAUGGACGAAGAGAGCCUGGCGCGGCAGCGGGAGUGGGAGCAGGCGCACCACGCCGCGGAGGCGCAGCGACAGGCGGAGGCGCAGCAGAAGGAGGAGGAGGCGGUGGUGCAGAUGGACGGGUACCGCGAGGGGCGCAUCUUGUGGCGCGCGGAGCUGGAGCGGCAGAUGCGCGCGUGGCGGGACGACCCCGAGUGGCGCGACGAGGCGGCGCAGCUGACGGUGUCGACGCCCAAAGGCACCUUCUGCCAGCUGGACUGCCAGGUAACCCUGGCGCUGCCGCCCGACGCGGUGUACAACACGCUGUGCGACCCGUACAACCGGCGCGUGUUCAAGAACAUCAAGGCCGUGAAGCAUCGCAAGGUGUUGGAGGACGACGGCGACCGGCAGCUCGUGGAGGUGGAGCAGUCCGCGGCGUGGCGCUUCCUCGUCUUCUCCGGCUCCUUCGACACGCGCCUCCUCGUCACUCAGGACCGCGCGGAACGCACGGUGCGUUGCAUGCGCGAGGAGACGUGGGCGGGCGACGGGGAGAGUAGAUGGAAAGCGGAGAGGAAUUCCAUUGUCUUUCACGUUGCCCGGGGCUCUCACGCGUCUGCUGCCGUCUCACGCGCCCUCCCACCCCUUUUCUCCCUCCUUCGCCUCCCGCCCUUCGCCUUCCCCCCAUCCCCCGCGCAGAUGUCGUUCAAGAUCGCGCAGCCGGGGUUCAUGCGGCGCUUCGAGGGCUUCUGGCGCGUGGAGCCGCUGCCUGUACCGGGAUCCGCGGACAUGCGCACGGUGGGGGAGGCGGAGGGGAAGGGCGGAACGGAAACAGCAGAGAAGGGCAAAAGCGCAGCGGAGGGGACAGGGAAGGCAGGAGCAGCGGAAGGGGAAGCUGGGGGGGGGGCGGAGGGCGGCGAGUUUGAGGAUGCGCGGGAGGCGUUUGACAGCAGACCCGCUGGGGAGGCAGGCGCUAGUGAGGGGAGCGCAGCAGGUGGUGCAGCUGGCGCUGUCGCCCCCGCCCCCCUGGACUACUACGUGCGCGGCAUCACAGCCCAGGUGGUGCGCGACAUGCUUGGUGACUUCCAGGCCGAGACCAAGCGCGUGCGCUACGGGGGCGCGGAUGACGAUGGGGAAGGGGAUGGGAAGGCAACGCAGGAGGGCGUGGGCGGGCGCAUUGCGCGCAUGAGUGCUGCUUUCCUGCACCGUGAGGCGCUGGGGGGGAAGAGCGGCAAGGGGAAGGGGGAUGGGGUGGGGGAAGAAGAACGGUACGAGGUAGCGAGCAGGUGCGGAGUUGUAGGGGCGAAGACAUGGAUUGCUUGUGGCUGCUGCAUGCUGCAAUCGUGGCCACUGGUGUUAGUAUAUGGUUAG